AUGAGUCUCAACCUCCCCAUCCGCUCAACGCCCACGAGUCGGCGCAACAAGGAGAGUAGAAAUUACUUUACCAAUUACACGCCUGCCUCUGCUGUCGGGGCUGGGUCCGGAGCUGGAACAGAAGCUAUUAAUGGUCCUGUGAGGGAGCCUGCUCGGGAGCCCAAACCCGCUGCGGAUCGGCUGAUCGUUGGCGUGGAUUUUGGAACGACCUUUUCAGGCGUGGCUGCCGUUUACACGUCAACCCCCGACGACGUCGAAAUCAUUAAGUCCUGGCCCGGCGGCAACGGUAUCACCUCUGACAAGGUCCCCACCGAGAUCGCCUACGACACCCCGGCCAAGGCCGACCACGACGCACCUCCAGUCGUGAAAUGGGGCUUCCAGUUCCGUCCCGAGGAGAGUCGCCUACGAUGCAUCAAGCUCUUUCUUGACCGGUCGCAGAAGCUGCCGUUUUACGUGAGCCCCCUCGAGACCGCCGCCCAGCUCAAGCGAUUCAACAAGAACGUCGUCGACGCCGUCAGCGACUACCUGACCGAGGUGUACAAGCACACCAUGGACACCCUCACGCGGCGCUACGGAGAGUCCUUCAUGGCGAGCACCAAGGUCGAGUUCGUGCUGACUUGCCCCGCCGUGUGGUCUGACGCCGCCAAGAACACGACGCUUCAGGCCGCUGAGAGGGCGGGUAUGGGUUCCAAGUCGGAGAUUCAGAUGAUUAGUGAGCCCGAGGCUGCGGCGGUGUAUACGCUCAAGGCGAUACAACCGAAUCACCUGAGUGUGGGAGAUAACUUUAUCGUUUGUGAUGCUGGUGGCGGUACAGUAGAUCUUAUUGCUUACAAGAUAAUAUCCCUAAAACCUCUGAGAGUCGAGGAGUCUGCCGUUGGAACUGGCGGCCUCUGUGGAAGCGCAUUCCUCAACUAUAGGUUCGAGGAGCACGUGCGGAACCGCAUCGGGCAGAGCAAAUUUGACGAGAUGAAGACGAAGAAGGGAAAGACGUGGCAGAUGGGCCUACGGUACUUUGAGGAGUUUGUGAAGCGGAACUUCAACGAAGACGAGCAUCAGGAGGUCAACGUCCCAUUCCCUGGUCUCCCUGACGACGAAGAAGCCGGCCUAGACUCCGGCUUCCUCGUCAUGACAGCCGAUCAAAUCAAAGACAUUUUCGAGCCCGUGGUAAAAGAAGUCUGCGACCUCGUCGAAGGUCAGGUCGACGGGCUCCGCGCCAAAGGCGGCGUAGUCUCUGGCAUCGUCCUCGUCGGCGGCUUUGGGCAGAGCAACUACCUUUACCGACGGCUCAAGGCCCACUUCUCCAGUGCGGCGCCCCCGCCGUACAGCGAAAGACCUACGCACGCCGGCGCCGCGUCGGCGGAUUCGCGGGGCUCGAUCGAGGUAAUGCAGCCGGUGUACGCGUGGACGGCCGUCGUGAGAGGCGCCGUACUGCGAGGCUUGGAGGGGAAUAUGGUGAUUAGUAGGAAGGCGAGAAUGCACUAUGGUACGUCGUACGCGACGGUGUAUGACGAGGAGAAGCACUCGGUGAGCGAGAGGUAUUGGUCACCGUUGUGGGAGAGAUGGAUGGUGUCGGAUCGGAUGCAGUGGCACAUUGCCAAGGGAGAGGCAAUAUCACCACUCCAACCCAUCGCCUUCCAUUACACUCGAAACUUCCGCCCAGGUCAAUCCCUCGUCGUGACGGACGAUCUUAUCGCCUGCGAGGCCGACGACCCACCUUCGGCCUCUACCCGCGACCUCGUGAACGUAUGUACGUUGACGACGGACCUCAACGCCGUUCCGAGGAGCUUGUUCACGCGGUUGACGACGACGCGAGGCGUCGAGUUUGAUAACCUCGAUUUUACGCUCGAGAUGACGGUUGAUAGCGCGGGGUUGGGCUUCGAGCUGAAGGUGGAUGGGGUCAGGUAUGGGAGGGUUGAGGCGGAGUUUCAUGGGGCGUAG